UGGCGCACGCCAGUGAAAGCACGUGAGGUGCGAGCAGGUGCGAGUGCAGCGUUGCCGGCGUUGCUGCGGGGACGUCUGCUGUACCAUCUGUACCACAAAUCUCCACCUCGGCGGAUUUGAACGAUGCUUCCCAGAGGAGUGUGCUCACCACGUGCGCUACUGGCUGCGGCGGCCGGCCGUUUCACCGGUAGCGGUUCUGGCGGCUUCCGGCAGCGGCGACUGUUGUUGUGCAGCGCACUGAAUCGCAGCAGCGCGGCGGCUGCUCGGUUGCGAGAGUGGCGUCCUGUGCUCCAUUACUCGACGCAGCCGGAGUCCAAGGAGCAUUCCAUAAUUAAGAACGAUGAACGUGGAAGUGGGCCAAGUGAAGUGCGGGAGUUCCAGGCAGAGACUCGCAUGUUGCUGGACAUUGUUGCCCGGUCACUGUACUCGGAAAAGGAGGUGUUUAUACGUGAGCUCAUAUCGAAUGCCAGUGAUGCCCUUGAAAAACUGCGUUACGUGAGACUCACAGAACCCGAUUCGCUGUCGACACGCUCGGCUGAAUCACCCCUGGAGAUCCACAUUGCCACUGACAAGCUGGCCAACACAUUCACCAUCCAGGACACGGGCGUCGGCAUGACACGAGAGGAAAUGGUUAACAAUUUGGGUACCAUAGCACGAUCAGGCUCCAAAGAAUUCCUCAAGAAGCUGGCUGCUAACGACACCAAUGCAAGCUCCAUCAUUGGCCAGUUUGGCGUUGGCUUUUAUUCGGCGUUCAUGGUUGCUGACCAGGUGGAAGUGUUUUCGCAGUCAUGUUGUGCAGGUGCUAAGGCAGUGCGCUGGAGCUCAGACGGCUCGGGCCAAUACGAAAUAUCUGAGGCUCAGGGUGUGCAGGAAGGCACCAAGAUUGUACUUCAUUUAAAGCCAGAUUUUUCAGAUUUUGCUGAUGGGGAAUUUGUCGGCAAAGUGAUUGAGAAGUACAGCAAUUUUGUGGGCAGCCCCAUCUACCUCAAUGGACAACAAGUCAACACAUUGCAGGCACUGUGGCUUCUGGAGCCUCGGGAGGUGACGCAAGCACAACACGAUGAGUUUUACCGGUACCUCUCAGGGGCUUUUGAUGUGCCUCGCUUCACAGUGCACUUUUGCACUGAUGUGCCCCUCUCCAUUCGCUGUCUCCUGUACGUGCCCGAAGGCAAGCCUGGUCUCUUUGACAUGAGCCGUGAGAAUGACGGCGUGGCCCUCUACUCACGUAAGGUGCUGAUCAAGCCAAAGGCUGAGAUCCUCCCCAAGUGGCUGCGCUUUGUCAAGGGCAUUGUUGAGAGUGAAGACAUCCCCCUGAACCUGAGUCGAGAGAUACUCCAGGACAGUGCACUUAUACGCAAGAUUCGCUCAGUCAUCGUUGGCCGACUCAUCAAGCAUCUGGCGCGCUGUGCUGAGAAGGAACCAGAGAAGUACAGUAGCUUUUACCGGGACUAUGGUGUUUUUCUCAAGGAGGGAAUCUUGGCCACUCAUGAACAGGCAGAGAAGGAGGAGAUUGCACAGUUGCUCCAGUUCGAGUCGUCCCAUGAGCCAGCUGGCGAAAGGGUCACCUUGGCCGACUACUGCGCGCGCAUGAAAGAGGGCCAACGCGACAUCUACUACCUGGCUGCCCCGAGCCGUCAGUUGGCAGAGACGUCCCCUUACUUCGAGGCGGUGCGGGCACGAGACGUUGAGGUUCUGUUUUGCCUCGAGCCCUAUGACGAGUUGUUGCUGGCACAGCUGCGGCAGUUCAGCCGCAAGAACAUCACCUCUGUCGAAAAGGAGAUGCGCAGGGAUGCCGAGGAGUCCCACCAAGAACCAGCCGAGGUGCAAGGCCUUGCCGAGUGGCUCAAGGCAGAGCUGGGGCCCAUGGUACACAAG